AUGUCUAUUCCGUUCGAACAACCCUCCAUGGACUGGUCUCACCCAGAAACCUACAGUGAUUUUCUGCGGUUCAGACAGCACGUGGACUUCGUUUUCAAAGGAUCUCUGUGCAAAUCUGACAAGAAGGACAAAGCCGGCUGGCUAGGAAUUUGGAUUGUGAAACACGGCCGCGAGGUAUAUAAAACGUUUGAUUGGGAGCAAGGAGAUGAAGAUGACCCCAAGAAAAUUUUGGACAAGUUUGAAGCAUACGUAAGACCUCGGAAAAACAAGAGAGCUGCAAGAUUCAAAGUUUUCCAGCGUAAGCAGCAAGAAGGCGAACCAUUCGACAACUUCAUCAAAGACCUGCGUCUAAUUCUCAUGGACUCUGAGUAUGCUGACACUGAUGACAUUUUGAUUGAUGCAGUUAUCGCUGGAGUGUCUCAUAAGAAAGUUCAAGAACGCCUUUUUGACCAAGGACAAGGUUUGACACUUGCUAAAACCCUCAAAAUAGGCCGUCAGUAUAUGUCCCAAAAACAACUGAAAUUGAUCCGUGGAUUAGAGGAAAUUUCAAUCUCCAAACUCGGAGUAAAGCAGAAACCGGAACUAAGACGACAGGAGAGUAAAACAAAACGUAAACCUGAAAAAGUGAAAAACCCCUGCACACGCAGUGGAUUGGAUGCCAAUCACGCCAAAUGUCCAGCGAUUGGAACACUGUGCAGUUACUGCAAGAACCCAGACCAUUGGCUAGCUGUCUGUCGGAAGCGCAACCGAGCCAAGAUGUACUCACUAGACCCAGAGGGCUCAUCCGGAUCUGAGGACAAUGAUGAGGGUGAAAGUACCAUGAUAGACAUUCUUGCUACCAGUGAUGGGAAAGCUGACACUUAUAAAUCAGACAAAUGGCUCACUACACUGUACGUUCAGAACAAGCCAAUAGAGUUCCGUAUCGACACGGGAGCUAAAUGUAAUGUAAUCGUCAAGGCACAGUACACAAAAGCAGGACUACAUGGAAAUGAACAGAAAUCACAUAAAAUACUGCGUUCAUUUACCAACCACACCAUUCGUCCAGAAUUUUGUGUUGACUUACCGCUUGCUAGUCGUGUUGGUGACGCACAGAUUAGCACCAAGUUCGAAAUAGUCAACGUUCCCCAGGAAAACGUUAUCACAGGUUCUACAGCUGAAAAACUUGGUCUCAUUACACGCCUGGACACUGCCGCAUGCAACUCUGUACAGUUAGAACAGUUCAGUGACUUACCCGAUCUUAUUCGUACUACUGGUACCCUCCCAGGAGAACAUACCAUUAAAAUUGAUCCUAACGCCAAAGGUGUGAUCCAUCCAGUGCGCCGUCAACAAGCUUCACUUAAGCCACGAAUCAUUGAAAAACUGAGAGAAAUGGAAGCAGAUGGAUUCAUUACCCCUGUUGAAGAGCCUACUGACUGGGUUAGCUCCAUGGUCGUGAGCCUCCGGAACAACAAAGAUAGAAUUUGUAUUGACCCCAAAGACCUUAACGAGGCCAUCAAGAGAGAACAUUACCCCAUGAAGACUGUAGAGGAAGUGUCAUCCUCUAUCCCGGGUGCAAAUCUGUUUUCAGUUCUCGAUGCUAAAUCUGGCUACAUGCAAAUCAAACUCGACAAUGAAUCAUCUUAUCUCACUACCUUUAAUACACCCAUUGGCCGUUUCCGCUGGCUUAGACUUCCAUUCGGUAUAAAGUCAGCCCCAGAGAUCUACCAACGCAUCAUGGACCAAAUGCUGGAAGGAAUUGAGGGAGCAUUUGCCAUCAUGGAUGACAUUCUGAUCGCAGGCCGUGAUCGUGAGCACCAUGACAGUAUACUCCGAGCUGUAAUCAGAAGAGCAACCGAGUACAAUUUGCGUCUAAACUAUGACAAGUGCAGAGUUCGCAAGACAUCAGUACCAUAUGUAGGACAUAUCAUCAGUGCUGAAGGCGUCAGCCUUGAUCCAGAAAAGAUACAAGCAGUGUGCAACAUGCCAGCACCCAACAACAAGGAAGCAGUAAGGAGAUUCCUCGGACUUGUACAGUACCUCUGUAAAUUUAUCCCAAAUAUGAGCCAAAUAGAUGCGCCUCUCAGACAACUUCUAAAAUCUGACAUUCCAUUUCAAUGGGACAAAGCACAUCAGGAGAGUUUUGACAAACUAAAAACAGCUUGUACGUCUGCUCCAGUCUUAGGUCUCUAUGAUGUGAACAAGCCAACAGAAAUCCAGUGUGAUGCCUCAAAAGACGGACUAGGUGCUAACCUCAUCCAAGAAGGCCGGGUGAUUGCAUACUCAUCCCGGGCACUUACAGAUACGGAAAAACGAUACGCUCAAAUAGAAAAAGAGAUGCUCUCAGUCGUUCAUGGAGCAUCAAAGUUUCAUUGUUACAUAUUUGGAAAGCCAGUAACUGUCUACAAUGACCACAAAUCGCUGGAACAGAUUUUUAAAAAGCCCAUCUUGUCUGUGCCCAUGAGAAUUCAGAAAAUGCUUCUCAAGCUUCAGUGGUAUGACAUAACAUUCAAAUAUCGGAAAGGCAAGGACAUGGCAGCGGCUGAUGCAUUGUCUCGAGCUUACUUGCCAAACAACGGACCAGAUCUCGAUGUAGCUGACAUCAGAGCCUUUGACCUACUAUCUGUCAGCAUAGAGAGGCAAGAAGACAUCAAAGAGCGGACCCUUGUAGAGCUAAAAGGACUAUACACUGUCAUUGUCAAUGGCUGGCCUGACACAAAGAACGAAACUCCUCUCAGCGUGCGGGACUACUGGGCCUCCCGUAGUGAACUAUCUGUAAUAGAUGGUGUGAUAUUUAAGGGCAUGCACAUUGUUAUCCCGCCGACUCUACGGUCACACAUACUUAGCCUUAUACACCAGUCCCAUCUUGGAAUUGUAAAGUGCAAGCAGCGAGCACGGGAAGUUAUGUACUGGCCUGGAAUGAACUCCCAGAUUGAACAACUUGUUAAAGACUCUGAGAAGUGCGCCACAUUCCAAAACAAACAACCACCGGAACCCUUAAAUCCAACACCAGUCCCAGACUUACCUUAUGCAGUAGUAGGGUGCGACCUAUUUGACUUUGAGUCCAAGAAAUACAUUGUGGUAGUCGAGUAUUACUCGAAGUAUAUUGAUUGUGUGGAGCUUCAGUCCCAUCAUCAUUUGCCACCAUAG